UCUCUCUCUCCCUCCACUCUCUCUCUCUCUCUCUCUCCCCCCUCUGCGGCUCUCUCUGCCGGCGCUGCGGUGAAUCUCUCCCCCGCUGUCACUAACCCGAGCAGCAGUCCGGUAGCCGGUGGUCGCUAUCUGCCCGUUAAAGCUCAUUAAACCGUCGCCCGGUAACGGAGCUUCACACUAACUCCUCCUCGGCAGCUUCGACAUCCACUGACGGAAAAUGGGAAACGAAGCCAGCUAUGCCCUGGACAUGUGCUCGCACUUUGAUGCUGAUGAGAUUAAGAGGCUAGGAAAGAGAUUUAAGAAACUCGACCUAGAUAACUCCGGGUCCCUGAGUGUGGAGGAGUUUAUGUCCUUACCGGAGCUCCAACAGAAUCCUCUCGUGCAGCGAGUCAUCGACAUAUUCGACACCGACGGAAACGGGGAAGUCGACUUUAAAGAGUUCAUCGAAGGAGUCUCCCAGUUCAGCGUCAAAGGAGACAAAGAGCAGAAGUUGCGCUUUGCCUUCAGGAUCUAUGACAUGGACAAAGACGGCUACAUAUCCAACGGGGAGCUCUUCCAGGUCCUCAAGAUGAUGGUGGGCAACAACCUGAAGGACACCCAGCUCCAACAGAUCGUCGACAAAACCAUCAUCAACGCAGACAAAGACGGGGACGGCAGGAUAUCCUUCGAGGAGUUCUGUGCUGUCGUCGGUGGAUUAGACAUUCACAAAAAGAUGGUGGUGGACGUCUGACAACUUUGUGUUUUGGCCUCCAUUCACUGAAGAUCUGCUUGAAGACGUCGUCCAGCAAAACGCUCUUGUCUGUUUUUCAAACGGAAGUUUUUUCUCUGUGAAAAAUCCCCUCCUCACCCGUCUCCCCCCGUCCUCAUCCGUCCUCACCCCUCCUCCACCGUCUCCCACCCGUCCUCACCCCUCCUCCACCGUCUCCCACCCGUCCUCCACCGUCUCCCACCCGUCCUCCCCUGUCCUCACCCGUCCUCACCCCUCCUCCCCUCCUGAGCCUUCUGAAGCCAAACUUUUAACCAAGUAUUAUUGAACUCUCAUUGACUCGGCGGCGUCGCACUUUAAAAGCUGACAGACGGCUUUUUAACGCAGAACGGCGGUUUCAGUUUGGUGGAGGAGAGCUGGAGUGUGUGUGUGUGCGUGUGUGUGUGUGUGUGUAUGUGUGUGUGUGUGUGUGUGUGUGUGUGUGUGUGUGUGUGUAUAUGUGUGUGUGUGUGUGUGUGUGUGUGUGGAUGUGUACUGUAUGUUUUACUGGUUUUUUCAAGGUAUGUGGGUUUUUUAUAUUUAUUUUGGUGUCAUUGUUUUUUUUUUUUUCGAGAAUCAAAGAAUCUUAAAGAAAGUAAACGUUAGCAGAUGUUAGCGGACUUUAGCUGAUGUUAGCGGACGUUAGCAGAUGUUAGCAGAUGUUAGCAGAUGUUAACGGACGUUAGCAGCGAUGUUACUUGAUUUCAGAACAACACAAACAGCAUGAAGUGCCAACGAGAAUUUACUGACAUGCAGUUGAGUUACAGGUAAAGUCUGUGUCUUUGUUUUGGAGAUGUAACUGUAUUAUUGAAUGCAUUUAUCUUACUGGAGUACUGCAUUAUUUACACUUUAAGAACAGCUUCAUUCACAGUCACUGUUUGGCUUCUUUCAGUCAGAUAUAACGGCGGCGCUUCGGGCUCUGCAUGUUUGUAAACGACGGCGUACGCGAGCAUCCGUUAGCAUCUUUUUUUCAGGCACUUUCAGCACGACGACUUACUCACAAAUCACAAACUAGUUAUUACAGUAACUCUGAGAUGGCGUCAGGGACGAGCGGCUGCUGUCGAUGGGGUUCGAGUUACAGUCUGAGCUCUGCUACGGUGGCUGAGAGGUGUCAGCCAACGGCACAGCGGGGCGCACUGAUUGCCCACUGAUGUGUGGAAGAGGAAAGUUGUUGGCGGUUUGUUCGUUCGCAAACUGAUUCCAAAUGAUGUUAUUCAGUGUCCUUAUAUCUUCAUUCUAACGUACCAUCUAUCGUUAGGCUAUUAUGAAGCUAGCUGUGCUGUAGCAUUACAUCUUUUAGUUAACGCUGAUGGAGACUUGAUGCUGUGUAAUAUCUGAAUAUGAGGGGAAAGUAACUGAGUAACAACCUGAUGUCCCAGAGAGCAACAGUGAUCAGUCUGCUAGCGAACAAUGUUUCAGUCACUUCUCAACGAUUCUCCUCGUCCACACAUCAGCAGGCAGUAAGUCCGACACUAAUAACGGUCCUUUGGAUUCAUGUUCUGUUCGCUGAUACCUCUCAGCCGCUGACUGUGGGGGUCUCUGAAACAAUCAGCAUUACGUGGUCCAACACUUUCUCACACACACACACACACACACCUACCUUACGACCACUGGGGAGGUUUCAGUGGGCUGAAAUAUGCCAACGGGAGAGAACACAAUCUAACCCUGUAGAAUCAGACAGAAGUAGGUGUUAUUGUUUUAUGGACUGAAGGAAUUUCUCCUGCAGUGAUUUAGGGCGGCACGGUGCUAAUCACCUGCCCUCGCAACACUGAGAGUAAAAUCAAACCAUCUGGACCCGACUAGAAACAAGGACGUGAGUUUGGUGACGUACAGCUCAGCGUUUUUUUGGUCGAUUGGUCUUGCUGAAUAAAGGUUGUUGCGAAUGUGUUAGCGACCCCCACAGGAGCUCCCGGGUAGCUCGAACCCUGACGUCAGGUCUUAGUAAUCUCUGGAAACUGCUUCACAUAAAGGUUUGAUUUACUGCAGACUGUGAACAAACAAACGUACAGAUAUUAUUUGGAAUAAUAUCUUUUUGCUGUCAGAAAAUCUGGUCAACUGUUAAAAUGAGGAAAGAUGCUGAAAUUCCUCCCAAAUAUUUCGGUUUGCUUGAUGGCGCUUUAGAAACGGUAAAGCCACUGAUCGUUGGACGACAUGCAGGACUCCUACUGGCUGCAAAGACUCAUUUACAUUUAUAGUUUUAAAUAGUUUCUGUAUGUGUUUUUACACCUUUAAGAUUUAGUAAAAGUGUUUGGAAAUAAGCUUCAGAGGUACGGCAGAGGCUGUAAAUGAUAUUUUGUGAACUGAAUCGGCGCCUCUGCUUUCGGACAUUCACGUCUUUAUACUCCACCUUUCUUUGGGAAGAAGCAAAACCGAGGGAGGAGAAAAACAAAAUGGCCAUCGGAAGUCUAAAAGCUGCUGAACUCGGUUCGCGCUGCAGGAAAAUCUGCCGGACCGAACGGUUCGUUUUCCCCGACGCGCCGCAAAAUACUUUUAUACCUGAAACGGACGACUUGUGACGUGUUUGCAUGACGUGUGAACUUCUUCUUCUGCCUGUUGCUGUUUGCAUGUAGAUCAGGUUUUAUUAAAGCUCUUUAAAGCUUUAUAUUAAAGGUCUUUUUUCAAAGCUCGAGUUUACCAGACUGGUCUCAAAAUUUAAUGAAAUGAGUGAAAUGUCUUGCAAAUGCAAAUAAUCUAUUCUGUGCAUGCAAGAGUAUGUGAUCGUAUUACCGGUUAGGUCGGACUACUUGCACUGAAAAGACGGCAUUUUCUGUGAGGUAGAAUUUUUAUACAGUUAUACAAUGAAAUAAAGUAUAAAACGGGCGUUUUUUGGUGCAUGUUUAAUAAUUAGAAUAUAGCUACUUUCAAUAGAACUUUAACCCUUAAACAGGAUUGUUUAUUUAGCUGUUUCAUAUUUGAAUCAUGUUAUUAUCAGACCAUGUGUUUCACGGUGAGGAUGACGUCAUUUAUCUUGUGUUUCAUUUUUUGCAUUUCAGAGUUUUGGCUCAUUUCAUGAAAUUCCGUGAGGCCGUGUUGUGUUUACAUGUUAAUAAUGGUGAUAAAUAAAACAUUUCAAGCACGUAGAUGUUGCCAAUAAAAGGUUUAAACAUGGAAAUGACAAAAAAAAAUAAGAAAAUAAGUGUAAUCUAGCGGUUUGAAGUCGCCCGCCACUCGCUCUGUAUUUGUUUUUUGCUCUUUUUUUCUUUGGGUUGAUGAUGUUUUGUUCUAAACGGUCGGUGUCAAAGCUUCCUGCUUGUUUAGUUUGGGGUCGGUGCUGAAAUGUCUUCUGUUGGUUUAAAGGGACGUUUGUGAUGGAUUCAGUCUUAGAUUUUUACUCCUGUUUUCAUCUCUGCUGCAUCACUCAAACUUCAUACAUGGAAAAAUGAGAAAUAAACUGUUUGAAAGUU